AUGAAGGAAACCACACCAGAGCCGUUGUCAAUGGUUCCCUUCGGUCGAGACUUGGACUUUGAGGAUUGUGGCAAGCUCGAAGAGAAUCAGGAAAAAUCCUUGUCGCCAGGGUCUCGCAUAGCUCUUGUUGGUCUAGGUGUAGGAAAAACUAAAUUGGCAGUGGAGCUCUCUUUUCGUACCCGUGAGAAUUCGCCGGAGACGUGGUUUCUCUGGACCUCAGCGCGCAGCGCAGAUCGCCUUAAAGACGGGUUCUCUGAAAUUGCUGAACGACUUAAGAUCCAUGGUCGUCAAUAUCCCGAAGCGAAUGUAUUUGAACUUGUGAUCAAUUGGCUUAACAAACAAGAAAACGGAAAAUGGGUCCUGGUUUUGGAUAACGUGGUUAGUGAAGCCUUACCAACGGACGAUGGCUACCAACAGCUCUGGGGAUCUCUUACGAGCUCUGAAAAUGGCUCAAUAAUUAUCACCACGCGAAACAAGGGAAUAGCAUUGAAUUAUAUCAAUGAGAACGAUGCCAUUCUUAUCGAGCCGAUGGAUGGGCUUCAUGCGAUGAGUCUGAUGCAAAAAAGAUCAAGCGUACCGUUACCUGAAGAGGAUGGCCAGCUCCAAAAUCUUGUACAAGAACUCAAUUAUAUGCCCAUGGCCAUCACGCAGGCUGCAGCCUAUAUCAAUUCUCGUCGGUCUGUCUCGCCUGUGCAGGAGUACCUGGAAUAUUUUCAAACGAGCGACCGUAACAAGGUCAAGCGACUGAGUUAUGAAACUGCUUAUAUCUAUCGUGAUUGGGAGGAAUCAAGCGCCAUCUUGAAGACUUUGCAGUGUUCACUCGAUCAAAUUCUCGCGGUUAGGCCGUCAGCGGCGGAUCUCCUGUCUGUCAUGAGCUUUUUCGACCCAGAGAGCAUACCAGCACUGCUUCUCCGACAGGUCUCCACGAUGUGGAGAGGCCGAAACUCAAGUUCGGGUGAUCACUUUGAGGAAGAUGCCCAGUUCUUACUGGGAUACUCAUUGAUAUCUGUAACUCAGGAUCCUAAAUUCUACAGAAUGCGCAGCCUGGUACAGCUCGCGACACGAAAUUGGCUUGAUAUCAAUGGGCAGACUGAGCAAUACAUUGAAAAAUAUAUUGAUAUCCUUCUGGCUGAAUGUGAGCACUUGGACAAUUUCAAGGUACUUUUUCCACCUAUCCAAUCGGCGGCCUCGAAGAAGCCAACUUUGCAGAGCUCACUUCCGGGGUGGGCGUUGGUGCUCCAUGAGGGAGCAGAGUAUGCAUGGAAGGAGGGAAAUUUGCCAGAUAUGAAAAGGAUGGCGCGGAAAGCAACUUGGGCCCGGGAAACGGUUUUUGGGCCUGAAGAUGAACGCACCAUGGCAAGUUUCAACUUACUAGCAUUCACCCAAGAGAAUACUAGGGUCUAA